CUGUGAACAGCGAAGCAUUGAAGCAAAGUAAAGCAAACCUUUUCUAAAACAUGAACCCUACACCUCUGAUCAUCAUUUUCUUAACCUGCUUGCUUUUGUCCAUGGUGGAAGGAAUACCUUUGCACAAGGAACCACGAUGCCGAUGUAUAAAAAACCAAAAGAAAGAAAUCCCUCAUCACAAGAUUAAGAAACUGGACAUCUUUUCCGCCAAUUACAUUUGCAAAAAAGAUGAAAUAAUUGCAACCCUCAAAAAGAGAGAACUUAAGAUUUGUCUCAGCCCGCUUGAAGAAUGGGUAAAGACUCUAUUCAAAAUGAAUGGGACCCUUGAAUUAAAAUUCUACUGACAUGAAUAAGAAAGACAAGAAGACAGCAGUAUGAAUAAAGAAACAUUUAUUUUAAAAUGGUGUACAUUAAAUAGAAAUUUGUUUUUUUUUUUCUACUCAUUAUAUGAGGACAUUCAUCUCGUGUUUUUUGUUCUAUACUAACACUGUAAUAAUGCAUAUCAGUACAUCGGCAAAUGAAAUGAAAAUGCAAUGUCUACAAAAUGUCUACAUUUUAAAAGUGAUUUAUAUGUUAUGUAUUUUUAUAAACAUGUAACUAAUAUUUAUAAAGCGUUUUUGAACAGUCA